AGUGAUAACAGGAAACUGUAUCACGCAGUUGCCCGUUCACUGUCGGGGUAUCAGUAUCACGCUGAUACUGAAUCAGAUUAAGAGUACCUUUUACCGCUCUGUAGAUACCUGUACCCCCAGUAAAUAUGUCCCGUCGACACCUACUUGUGGUAACCAUGGCCGGAGGUGUUUGAAGUGGCUGUAAAAUGUAGACAAGGUUUUUGCACCAGCAGGAUCCAAGGAUGCCAUGUAGGCGGAUUUGUACCAGCUGUUCGAGGAUGUAAGUAAUCAUUAACGAUGAAGCUGCUGCGAGUGUUGCCCGUUGUGUUAUGUAUUGUGUAUUCUUCGGCUAAAGGGGACUUGCUGGAAUUCGAUGGGUCUGGCGAUAUCAUUUCCCCCUCAAGGCCCCCGAAGACCAAGGUCAUAGAGUUAGGACCAGCCUCUGUUCAGCACAUAAGGGCCCGGGAUAAGACUGUCAAAAGAACAAUGAGAGUGCUUCUUCCGGGGAUGAUCAGAUCCUUUCUGGAUACAAAUCUUUCGGAUUUUAUCCAGAAGCAUAUGGCCAACAUUGUGGAGGCCAGACCAGCACAAGACUUGCAGACCAAAGUCCAGAGAUUGGAAAGAGUCGUGACCCGUUUGAAGGCUCGUCUCGCUAACGUUGGUAACCGCAUGAGACUAAUGGAGCGCCACUUCGAGGAUCAUCUGGAGCGUCACGAUUCCACGAUGCCCCCAAGAUCCACAGAGCCUGCUAGAACAUCGGGGUUCGACAGUUCAGGGGAGCUUCAAAUAAUAGAUCCGGGAGAUGUUGUCCUUCUUGAAACUGUUCGAAAUCAAACUGAGCCAAAUGACGCUUCAGCGGGGAAACAUGGCCUUCGGAAAACAAGCCCCAUCAGCAAGACCAAAAGAGAUCCGAAAUCCUGCCAAUCCAAAACGACGGAUGGCAAACACGAACACAGAGUCCUGGCGGUGAGUUACAAGGACUCCAAAUUCGUCAUCUUUGGUAAGAACGACGAGCAGAUAUUCCCACUGCAAACCAGUCAAGUUCGCAGCGUUGUUUAUGAUCCUGCUACAGAGAGUGUAAUAUGGUCCAACUACACCUCCAGAGAUCCUGGGAUAUUCUCCAGCAGUCUUAAGACGCCUGCCAAGUCUACCAAGCUGUCUCGCUUGUCCUCUGAAGGGAUGGCAAUCGAUGUCUGUAAACGACUGCUGUUCUUCACAACGUCCACGCCCCGCUACACCAUCAGUAAGAUGACGACGCGAGGCAGACAUCUCAGAGAAGUGAAACACAUGAAGAAAUACGGCCCCUACAUGUAUUCCCUGGCCGUCGACCCCGAUGCCAAAGUGAUUUAUACAUGCCACUAUUCCUUCUUAGUUAAGACAAGUUAUGACGGGAGACGACAAGAGGAACUCAUCAAGGAUAGUAGCUCCAUAUUCGCCGUAUCGCUCGACCCUACCAAUCAGGCGCUGUAUUACAGUUCCUGGGGCGGGAUUAAACGCCUGCAGUUGGAUAAAGGUCAGUCGGAAACCGUGGUGGAAAUUCGCACAUCUCCUCGUAACAUUGUCUUCUACCAGAACAGGUUGUAUUUUGAUAACAGCAACUUGAUUAAAGUCUUCGGCAUCAAGAGCGACCGCAUGAAGACCCUAGGAAAGCUUGAUGAAUCAACUCUGUCAAUUUGUCUUAUACCCUAACAGAGUCCAUAAGAUAUCGGGAUAAUGCUCCCCGUUGACAGCCUUAGGCGGUCAUAAUAACAGAAUGUAUAAUAUCACAGGUGCAAUAUAGCAUUUGAACAGGAUCACUGGGACCUUCAUUACACCAGAAUUCUUUCGGACCAGAUGACGCUGUCAAUAAUGAUAGUACAGGACAAUAGGCUUUAACAACAAAUCCAAUCUAUAUUUAUAUCAGUGUGUUUGUUAGCAUGAGAGUAUGGUAUCGAGGACCAUGGGAUAGUUCUAAUGACAUGUUUUGUGUCUAGGAUCAAUAGUCGUUGAUUUAAAACCUACAUGGGAAAAAAAACAUUUUAAAAAGACUGACAUGGGUGCAAGGCGCGCAGGCCCAUUGGAAAUCCAAGCAGGGAUGACACUAAUAAUUAAGAACCAGGUAUUUGUAAACACAAAGAGAGUAUAAACAAACUCCAGGAAAUAUUUUUUACCCUUAUAGAACUGAGUAAAUGUCUCAAGAUCAGAAUUUCUUUUGAUACCAGUCCGUUGGGCAUGGUCCUUUUUUAACGCUCGAACGAACGCUAAGUGUCUUAAGGAUACGAAUAUGCAGAACGGUUCCUAGCGACCAAAGAAUUGGCUGGGUUACUGACCCAGGUCAGUCAGUCUCCACAAUGAAGUGUGGCACCACGUAUUGGAUGCUUGUGUGUGGGUAUGCUUUUGUGUGAUUGUGUGUGCUUAUGGCUGUUUUAAGAGCCAAUGACGACGGCGUGCAUUGUUGCAAAGCUGUAUAUCCACAAGGCUUGAACCGUUUGACUGGUGUGAAAGCAGUGAGAUGUUGAGGACGAAUUCCAAAUUUCUUGAUGGACAAUGACGCCGAAAAACAUAUACUAUUUGACAUUUUACAAAUAGUUUUACACUUUAUUUAAAUUCAGCUAUGAGGAAGUGUAAUCUAUAUUAAUAAAAAAAUAUAAGCAGU